AUGCGGAUGAAUUUCCGCUUCGAGAUUCUUUUGGUGUUUGUUACGAUACCUUCCAUCAGAGGAUACACUUCAACUUUAUACUUUGAUAGCACGUGUUCUGGAUACAACACAAACACUAUUUUUGAAGACGAUACUUAUUACGUCACAUGGAGCGGAAGCAAAUUAUCGUCAUAUUGUUCCUACCAGUUCACUCCAUUCGACACAGAUUACAAAGUGUGCGUUGAGGCUCAAAGCUUUUAUAUCGAAGAUUGUUCUGUUAAGCUUCAGUAUUACGGAGGGCUUAUAGCAACAGAACUUGACGAAACAUACAGCUGCUAUGAUUCCAAACCUCAAAAAUUCUGUGGCGAUACGUAUGGUGACGUCAAGAUCAAAUUAACAGCACCAUCAAAAACAAGCGGCAUUUAUUCUGGAUAUUUUACACUUAAAGUGACGACUCAGAACCCAUAUGAAGUUGGUAUCGUGGUGGGCUCAGUGGUCGGUAGUAUUGUAUUUGCUAUUGUUGUCAUCACCGUGAUAAUCAUCAUUUGUCGACGUCGUCGUUAUCACCCACAUGGAGUUAUUAUUGGAACUGGAGGUCAUCAACAGGUUGUGACGGCAACAGCGACAGGGUACGCCAAUCCAAAUUAUCAAGCCCCUCCACCCUAUACUGGAUACGGAAAUCCAGCCACUGGAAACAUAAUGAAUUCCUAUCCACCUCAGAGUGGAUAUGGCACGACACCGUACCCUGGUACCGGAACUGGUCAGAGCAAUCCAUAUCAAGCUGGAACAGGAUACAAUGGAACAGGAUAUCCGGUUGAACAGACAACCUCUGAGAAAGCCCCGCCAUAUCCAGGGAAUUAAACCAUGACGAUUGUAUACUGUUCAGUUGUGAAAUAAGAACAUACUUGUACAUUGAUUUGUGCUAUUUUAUCAUAAUAAUUAAUUUGAAUAUUUUGUUUCGUUUUAUUCAUUUCAUUGCAAAUUUAUGCCUAUCUUGU